AGGGAGAGAGUUGUUCUUCGGGCCGCGGCUGGAGGAACAGCUGCUCGGCUGAGGGGCGGCAGCAGCAGCCUCCCUUUUUCUGGCCGCAGCCCCUGACAGGGCUUUGCUCCUCCUCGGCGCAUUACUCCUUCCCUCCUCCUCCUGCUUUUCUCUCUUACCCUCCCCAUUCCUGGGGUCUCUUUCUUCCCCGCAGAUAUAACCCCCCGCCCUCGCCUCCUUUCUCCACCCCUCAUUGUCUCGGGGAGCGCGUCGCCCAAUUCCUCGAAGGGGCGGGCGGGAGAAACUUGGCUAUGGGCGAGGACGGCGAAGUAGCGGCGCUUGCUGCGUCUCGGGGCACCUCCGCGUAAAAAGAGCGAGAGGGCGCAGCGCUUCCCCUUCUCAGCCCGACGGAGCGGGGCUUUCCCUGGGGCGUCUUGUGCGCGUGCAGAGCAGCACCGGCAAGCCGCCUCCUUUCGGGCUGAGGUUGCCUCUUCUUGCCCUGCUCCCGGGCGGGCGCUGGGUGACUUUCUCGCCGCCCCCUUCUGCUCCUUCUCCUCCUCCUCUUUCUGCGCUCUCCCAGCGGAGCCAGAUGUGCGACCUGCUCGACUCGCAGCCGCCGCCCGCCGAGAAGAAGCUCAGCAGGAUGAAAAAGUUGCGGCGAACUUUGUCGGAGAGUUUCGGCCGAAUCGCCUUGAAGAAAGAUGACAACGGCUUUGAUGAGAUAUGUGUCACAAAGAUGUCUACACGGAAUUGCCAAGGAAUGGAUUCUGUGAUCAAGCCCUUGGACACAAUCCCAGAAGACAAAAAAGUCAGAGUUCAAAGGACACAGAGCACUUUUGAUCCAUUUGAAAAGCCAAAUAAUCAAGUGAAGAGGGUCCAUUCAGAGAACAAUGCCUGUAUUAACUUCAAGACUUCAUCCACUGGGAAAGAAUCUCCUAAAAUCAGACGACAUUCCAGUCCUAGCUCUCCAACAAGUCCCAAGUUUGGAAAAGCAGACUCUUAUGAAAAACUGGAAAAACUGGGAGAAGGCUCAUAUGCCACAGUAUAUAAAGGGAAAAGCAAGGUAAAUGGAAAGUUGGUGGCGCUAAAGGUGAUUAGACUUCAAGAGGAGGAAGGCACUCCGUUUACAGCCAUCAGGGAAGCUUCUCUUUUGAAGGGCCUAAAACAUUCUAAUAUUGUGCUGCUUCAUGAUAUUAUUCACACAAAGGAGACAUUGACACUGGUAUUUGAGUUUGUGCACACAGAUUUAUGUCAGUACAUGGACAAACAUCCUGGAGGACUUCAUCCAGACAAUGUGAAGUUAUUUUUAUUUCAAUUGCUGCGAGGACUUUCGUACAUCCACCAGCGUUACAUUUUGCACAGGGACCUGAAACCCCAAAAUCUUCUGAUCAGUGACACUGGGGAGUUGAAGCUGGCAGAUUUUGGACUUGCAAGAGCCAAAUCUGUCCCUAGUCAUACGUACUCUAAUGAAGUGGUUACCCUGUGGUACAGACCUCCAGAUGUCCUCUUAGGCUCAACAGAAUAUUCCACCUGCCUUGAUAUGUGGGGAGUUGGUUGUAUCUUUGUCGAAAUGAUUCAAGGUGUUGCUGCUUUUCCAGGAAUGAAAGACAUUCAAGAUCAACUUGAAAGAAUAUUUCUGGUGCUUGGAACCCCAAAUGAAGAUUCAUGGCCUGGAGUUCAUUCUCUGCCCCAUUUCAAGCCAGAUCGGUUUACACAGUACAGUGCAAAAAACCUUAGGCAAGCCUGGAAUAAGCUAAGCUACGUGAAUCAUGCAGAGGAUCUGGCCUCCAAAUUACUCCAGUGUUUCCCAAAGAACAGAUUGUCAGCACAGGCAGCUCUCAGCCAUGAGUAUUUCAGUGACCUGCCCCCACGGCUAUGGGAACUAACUGACAUGUCUUCUAUUUUUUCCGUACCUAAUGUAAGAUUACAAGCAGAGGGUGGAGAAAGCAUGAAAGUCUUUGGAAAAAACAAUAUUUAUGGCAAAGGUCUAUCAAACAUGAAGCACUGAGGAACAUGUUGAUUUCCCACAAAUAAUUCAGGAACUAAGAUCACCAGACUGGAGGAGAACCAAAACCUAAAAAGAGAGCCAACACUAUGAAGACACCAUGGCCCUGCUUCCUUUCUCUCUCAGUGGUGGAUUUCAGUCACAAGAAAAACAAUGCUGGCAAGACCUUGUUCCCCUUCCCUCUCAGUUUAUUUAAAACCUUGCACGCAUUUUGAUACCUUGUGAUUUCAGAGACCUCUGUGAAGAUUAAGCUUUUUUGCUUACUGAUACAUGGCAUGUUCUUUUCCCCCCAGCCUUUUGUGUUGAGUUUAUCUGGUUUUUCCACAGCAGCACAAAACCCUUGUGAAGAUAUUUAUGCUUUCACCAGCAAUGUCUUAUUAAGACAACACAUUUGGUGUUCACACUUCUUCAGUAAUGUCUGUAGAUAAAAGCCAGUCAUGGCAUGCCACAGUGUGUGUGUUCAUCGAAAUGUUCCACAUAUCUUGCAAAUUGUCAGAAGGAUACUUUAAGCUAAAGCAGAGCUUUCCAAGUUGGUUGUAACACAAUCAGUAUCUUACAACUAUGCCCAUUUAUUACUGCUAGAGGACAUCACGUUCCUUUCUUUAACCAUGGCAAUAAGUGCAUCUUAGUCACCCUGAGUUUGGUUACUCUGCCUAUGUUGCAUAAUUUGGCAGAUAUUAAAACAGACUUCCACUAUAUAUAUAGUACCGAGUACUUCAAAUAUUUGAGACCCAUUUAGAAUAAAGGGGUUUUGGGGUUCCACAUUUACUUUUUCCUGUAGCUUAGUUCAUAAUAUAUUCUAAAAAGGAAAAUAAAGAAGAUGGGGGGGGGAAAUGAGUUUACAUUAGGAUAAGCACUAUGGUAUAGAAUCUGUAGUUGCUGAAUGAGCCAUUAAAAAGCCUAGUUUUUAAUAGUCAUCCGAACUCCAAAUAUUUGUUCUUCCAAACCAAAGCAUCUUUCCAGUUAUUUUUAUAAGAUGUUCAGAUACGAUUGGAAAAUGCCUCUGUUACUGCAUCUUCAAAUGGGAUUUUUCCCAAUAAUCGUUCAAAUUUCUAAAGAUUAAAGUAAUUGGGAAUUGAAGGGAUUUCUAUUCUUGUUUUGAGGGAGGAUGGAUGAUGGAGCCUAUGGGAAUCUUGCGGGCUGUAGCGGUUUCUGCCUACCAUUCACCAUCCCUAACAUGAUUAAUAACACUUGUAUUCUAGGAGAUGGGGAGUGGGCAAUCCAAAAAAAUAAAUUUGACAUGCUUACAGUGAGGAUUUCUCAUCCAUUUAUUCCAACAAAGAAAGCUUAUUUGCCUUUCUAGUAAAUCAGCUGCUUAAAAACACGUCUAUUUUUGUAACACAUCGAUUGUAGCAUCUAAUGCUAUGUUAGAAAAAAAAGGAGAAAACAGGGGUAUAGGACCCAUUCUGUACUUUCAUUUUGUAAACUGAUGUCUUGAUAUUGUUUGGAGUUGGCAAAUUAUUGAUUUUGCAGAGGACUUGUUUUUAGCAAAAGGCAACAGUGGUAAAUAUUAUUCUGUGAUAUUGAUUCCAGUAGUUAUACAAUAAUUAAAAUAUGCACCUCCUAAAUACUACUACUAAAACUCAAACCCUAAAUAUCUCAAACUUUGUUUCUGUAUCUGUGGAAACAAAUAAUCACAAAAUAUAAUAGAACACUUUGAACGUAACACAGAUGCCUUAACUAUGACUUGCUUUGAGUUUCAUAUUCAACCUUUUGUACGUAAUCUCCUUUUCCAAGUUAGGUCAUAUUUAGUUGGAUGUUUCAAAAUGAGGGUUUCUUUUAAAAAAAAGUAUCUGUGCUUGCAAAAAUGUGAGGAAUCUUUGAGAAUGUAACAAAGGUUCAAUUAGGAAAAUGAGGGUAGAUCUUUAGAUGUAAAUCUCUUGCUUUGGCAGCUUAAGGAGUGAGGGAGGCAAUUACACUCCUUGUUGAGGCAUCUGAUGGUUUGAUGUAGAGAGGAAUUCUACUGAAGAGCUCUCAUCUGUGGUUUAAAUGCCUAGCACCUUACUGUCCUCAAUUAAUCAAAAGCUCAGAGCUUCUGCUUAGGUUUUGUGAAUGUACGUAUGUAUGCUUUCAGUGCUUCCGCUAUUUAAAAUAGCUAUUAAUGCAACUGAACAUAUAGGCCUAUAAUAUUUAGUUAUCAGCUAUCAAAGUCUGAGAGUCAGCCCCACUCCACGCAUAUCACUUCAAUUACAUGUUUUUGGAGUGAUUUCCCAGGGAGGAUUACAUACAUAAAAACACUGUGUGAAAACUGACUAUCUACACACUCCCCAAGAAGGAUUUGUGGUCAGAAUACUACGUCAUUCCUAGAUAUUCCUGUUAUAAUCUGGCUUUUCAAUUCCAGUGUUAUUUUCCACUGAUAUCCCUUCAUACAAAUCAUUCCAAAAGCAUGCAUGAGAACAAUAGUUUUGGCAGAGUCCCUAUAUUUAGCUUCUUAAAGAAGUUCCUUUUUUGUUCAAGGUGCUGAGAUUCCAACAGAAUUCCAUGUACUUCAAGCAACUAAAUUUUAAACCAGCUUGAACUUUAUAGUUGUAUUGGGGUGGGGAGGUAAUUGUCACUGCAGUGUAAGAGGAAUACACAUAAGGGAGGUGUGAUGGGCUGAAAUUGUGCAGUAUAAUCUGCUGUAUCCACAUCAUCAGGCUGGCCAAGAGAAAAAUCCAGUGCAGUAUAGUUAACUCAUGCAAGUCCUCAACAAAGAGAGUAGUAAUUAUAAAACCAUGCCCUCCCCUUUUUAGAGCAUACGCCAACCCCAAAAUAUAUUCCAAUGUUCUAUUUGUUUCUGCCAAGUCCCAAGGCUAGAUAAUUUUGUUCAUAACUCCCUCUACACCAUUUUAUCCCUCUAAUGAUUCUCUUAAGGGUCACUCAGGCAAAACCGCUAAUUUCCAGAGCUCUAUUCUGGAGGUGUAAAGGCAAUCCUGGAGAGCUCUGAACACUACAUAACACAGGUUUUUAAAUGUUACAUCUACCUCCACCAUCAGCUGCACAAGCUUUCUCUGCAUCUGAACAUUGUGCCCUUGACUGCAGCAGGAGAUGGGAAUCUUGCGCUCUGGGCACUCCAAAGUCCCUUGCACUGUUUCCCCUGUGUUAUGAAGCCACUCUGAGCUUUGCAAGAUUGCAACAAAAGCCAAAACUUGAUACAGUUCCAGUCCUCCUUUCAGCUACUUGAAAAGAAACAAUUCUUAUUCUCAUUUCCCCAUGUAUAUAACAAUUGUGGGCUGAUUCAUAUAUUGCUGAAAUGGAGGUUGUUGCUUUCCCAUAAUUGAAUCCCGUACUUUUCCAGUAACAGUUGAAUGAGCUUUAUCACAUGGGUAGAUGUAAAGUCUACCUACAGGAUCCAACUAUUCCGCAUGAUUCUGUGCUUCAAAUGCAUAGCCAGAGAACUAGCAAUAGAGGACCAGAGGUGGGUAGAGCCACAACCGUGCUGUUUUGAUAACAGAUUGGGCCUAUGUGAUUGGUAUUAGAAAUGUGACAGCUUUCCUUUUCCUUACAGUACUCCUGAAUUGCACCCCUUCUUGUUUUAGUGGGCUUACCAAUGAGGAGAGGAGACUCACAGUUCUGAAGCUGUGAAGAGCUUCAGCUUGCAGUCAACAAUAAGAGUUUGCUGUAAUGUUGAUUUUUCUUCUCAGAGGAACCCUACCAAACAUGCAGAACACCUAAACAGUGGAGUAGUAUAGGCAUUACUUGACUAUACAGUACCCUUGGGGUUAUCUUAAGAAUAAAGUGGUUAAGUAGCAGUAGAAAUUUUAAUGCACAAUGGCUAGAAAACUUUGGGGUUCAAGUCUUCCUUUCAACAUUUGGAAGAGCUUUACAUAGACAUUUCCUAUUUAUUCUGGUUUGGAAAAACCCUCAUCUCUCUCAGUGGUGAGGGCAACAGACCCUAAGUGUGAUCUUUAAUGUGUGUGCACAAUGGACUACGAACUGUGUGCUCCAUACAAAACAUUAUUAUUGUUUUUAUAACCUAAUAGGAUAAAUGGCAUUUAGACUGUACAGACUGGCACUGAAUAUAGAUGCCAUGUAAAUAGAUGUUCUGUUAUUGGCCAUAACUAAACCUUCUCUCUUGACAUAAAGGUGUGGAGGGAAUUAUAUUUGUUGUUGCCUUGCAAUAUUCUCAAAAGCAAAAACAAAGGAUGCACUAAGAAAUUCCCUAAUCCCAGAAAACUGCCCUUCUGCAGUGCUAUAUUCAAAAUCUUCCCUUGCUGGGGCUCUUUAUAUAAGGCACAAAAGUGCUCUUUUUAACAGGGGUUUGGUACUCAAACAAUGUUAAUAUUAAAUAUGUAUACAUACAUAUAGCCACACAAUUUAGAAUGACAGCUUAGUAAGCAGUAUGGUUAAGUAAAUGUUACAUUGUUUGUGUUCAAUGUGUAAAUUUGUCUGUAUUAUGAAAGAUGUAAUGGUUUGUCAGGUGUUGACUGUUUUCAUGUAAUAUUAUAUUGAAUAAAGUAUCAAAGGAUUUCUA